AUGUUGCGAUUUCAUGGGAUUGAUACCGUGUGGAGAGCAUCUCCACUUGUUGGAAUCGGGCGUGUUCCGGGAAUGAGAAACCCCCAUCCAGCCCGACCGCAGUAUUUGGGCAGACUCGGACCUUUCCCAGAGACCGCCCGGAAUCGGUACCAGUUUGGGUUGCGGUUGGUACAACCAACACGUCUAUUUCGGAGCAUGCCCCAGCGUUUCCAAAGUCUACCGGUCAUGGUGUCAACACCAUCAGCACCAGGGACGGACAGCGGUCCGAGACUCGCCCGACCGGUCCCGAGGCGGCCUCGGUGUCCUCCCGGGCAUUUUGAUGGUCCCUUCCAAAAGCGACGGUGUCCCGUUCGAGACCACCAUGCAACCAACGAUUCCAUCGAACACACACCACCGCCACCACCUUUACGUCGCCAAGUGGCCUCGAUUUGGUCUUUGCCCGGGGUCGCAAUGUCACAGACCGUUCGCACCGAAGCGUCGCUCAAUCCGGACUACCGCACCGCAUCCUGUCCCGCUCCGUCCCUACCACUAUCGGCAAGUCUCUUGGACGAACACGAAACACUCGACGACAGUCGCACCGAUGCCAUACUGGACUGUAGUCCACACAGUGUUCCCGUUACGGAAAGCUCUAGUCUGCCGUUGGCCCGUUUGGCGAGAACCAGGACCGGGCCGGGAACCACCGCGUUCGCCGCCGAACCAAGGAUUCGAGCGAUUCCCGCCUUUGCGGAAGUUUCCAAAUCGUUGCCCUACCUCUUUGACGCUCCUCCAUCUACGGCAGAAACGGAAGACUUGGAACACGAGUUGGAAGCCUUGUCCGUCCACCCCAAGUCGUUUGCGUCCUCGGCGGAUGCGGCCCAGGACAAAAUCUACGGAACAGAACCCGCCAAAAAGACACUGUCCGCGGUGACGCCGUCUCCCAAUCCCAACUCGAGUCCAGCCCCUUUUUUGUUUGGGACUCCACCGCUCCGCUCUAGCGAAGAUCUCCAGAGUCCACCUACUCUCAAAAAGUCCAUAUUGCCCGGCACCGUAGCCUUUGGUAGCCCAAACAGUGGCAAUAUCAACCCGAGACGCCCCUUGGAAGGAACAAUUAAACUCAAACCACAGAACCGAAAUUCUUCACUCCUGCGUCGACAAACAUGGCUUCCCUCACCCAAGAUCUCGGGCCACGACACUCACGCCUCAAUUUUCAGCGACCCCCACGAUUCUCCACGCGCACCACUCGUAGCCGGCAGCAUUGGUGACGACGAUUUCUGGAAUUGCGUUCCCGAAAAUCAAUUGCCACAAAAACCCACUGUUGUCUAUUCAUACAACCAUGCAGCGUUUCGGCCCUGGACGCCCAUUCCCGUCCGACCUCCAACGGAACACCAGGCGGCACAGACCCCAGAAAGAUCGACCGUUCGGGAAUUCUCCGUUGAGGAACUCGGGGUAAGUUCCUCCAUAUUCGGUACACCAACAAAGCAAACAAAGAAAAAGACAAGCUACAAUGCAGGAACCAAUGAUUCGUUCAGUCCAGUUCAUAAAAUGCCCAGUGGAAACAAGGAGGAUGCGUGCAUGUUAUCGAGUGACAGCGUGAAGGACGUGCAUCCCCAAAGUAUUUGGUUUCGAUCAACAGCGGCGUCAGAGCGUCGGAGCGAAAUCCAUGGAUUCCCGCAGACCAUAAAGAGUACCUCGGUCACAUCCGCUGCGAAUCAUAUUCAGGAAUCUAAUUCAAACGACCAAUGUCAUGCCUUUACCAAUCAACGCCAGAGCAUGACGACCUCUUCCCACCUUCAAGUACCGAGCAUCGCACCAAAGGAGUUUCAGCGACCUACCACCAUUCGUAGUCUCCAUACUCAUUGCGAUUCUCACCAGCAGAUGAGCGACCUUCCCCUCACGAAUUUGAAAUAACCGAGCAAAUGUCGUUUUCCAACGACAGUUAGCCUCGGUGUUCAAAAUUACCGAGAACAUACGCGUGAUACUGUCUACUGGGAAACAGUACUGUUGUCGCUACCAUGAUAAUGCUCCGGUCAGGCCAAGUUGGCUCUCUUCCAAUCCUUGUCGGAUUGUAUGGAUCCGUAGCGACUUUUUUUGGUCUGGUUGUUGGCUUAGAUAGAUCGUAUAAUUUUAGACCCAAUGUAAUGAUAGGUCUGUUGUCGUUCGUAAUAUAUGGUUGUCUAUGCGAGAGCACUGCUUUCUCGCAUUUGUUCUCUGAUAAUCCAUGAUUCGUCUUUUUUGUAGAAUCAAAAAGAGCGCCUUUCUGCGGUGUGAUUAUCUUUGGAUUAUGUCGAUGUGACCGGCCUGGUGCUUUUAAU